GGAGCGCCCAAUCGGAUCAGGCCCUCGUCGUACCGGGCACUGCGGAGUGCCGUUUCCAGCCUGGCGCGCAUCGAUGACUUCGUAUGUGAGAAGAUCGGGUCAGGGUUCUUUUCAGAGGUCUUCAAGGUGCAGCACAGGAUCACAGGCCAGGUGAUGGCCCUAAAGAUGAACACUCUGGCCAGCAACAAGGCCAACAUGCUCAGGGAGGUCCAGCUCAUGAACCGGCUCUGCCACCCCAAUAUACUCGGGUUCCUGGGAGUGUGUGUACAGGAGGGCCAGCUCCAUGCUCUAACUGAGUACAUCAACGGGGGUAACCUGGAGCAGCUGCUGGACAGUGACAGGUAUCUGUCGUGGUCGGUGAGGAUGGGUCUGUCUCAGGACAUCGCCUGUGGCCUGCAGUACCUCCACAGCAAGGGCAUCUUCCACAGAGACCUCACCUCCAAGAACUGUCUGGUACGCUGUGAGAAUGGUGUGUUCACUGCAGUAGUGGGAGACUUUGGUCUGGCAGAGAAGAUUCCAGACUACAGUGACGGGGUUGAUCAGCAGCCUCUGGCCGUGGUGGGCUCCCCCUACUGGAUGGCCCCAGAGGUGCUGAGAGGAGAGCUCUAUGAUGAAAAGGUGGAUGUGUUUGCCUAUGGAAUCAUCCUGUGUGAGAUCAUCGCCCGGAUAGAGGCUGAUCCGGACAUCCUACCUCGCACUGAGGACUUUGGACUAGAUGUGGAUGCCUUUGAGAACCUGGUUGGUGACUGUCCAACACCAUUCCUCAACCUUGCAGUCCUCUGCUGCAAUAUGAAUGCAAAGAUACGUCCCUCGUUCUCUGAGAUAGUGGUCUUGCUGGAGGGGAUGGAGAGAGGAGAGGAGGAGAGGAAGACGGCCAUCCCUCUGGGCGAUUGUCUCUCCUCAAAACCCCCCACUGGCCACAUCAGCCCCUACCGACGACGGAGUUCCCUCUGUCGCCCCGGCGACCAGCAGUUGUCACGGAGCCAGUCUGAAAUGCUUCCACCAACGACGCCCCCACUCGGCACCCCGGCCCGGGUCAACCCCUUCUCCCUGCGGCAGGACCUGAAUGGGGGCCGCAUCAAGCUCUACGACACCCCCAGCAAGUCUGUCAUCUCCCUGACCUUCACCCUUCCCCAGCAGCCUGACACCUGCGCCUCUCCCCCCCUCAGGGGAAACCUCUUACUCCGCGGGCCCCCCCGACGCUGCCAGUCUCUCCCCUGCACCCCCGAGCCGGGGCGAACCCUCUCCCUCCUCCGUGACCCCGACCUGCAGCGCUUGGGGAAAGAGGAGGGGGGGGAUGAAAGGAGGAAGGAGAAGGGAGGGAUGGUGGAGGAUGAAAGGAGGAAGGAGAAGGGAGGGAUGGUGGAGGAUGAAAGGAGGAAGGAGAAGGGAGGGAUGGUGGAGGAUGAAAGGAGGAAGGAGAAGGGAGGGAUGGUGGAGGACGUGUCAGAUGAUUCAGGGCUGCCUCUGGACCUGGUGUCUCUGGGUCCUCUGGAAGAGGAAGAGGAGGAAGGUUUUUCUCUGGGGGAGCCUAUGGACUGCAGCAGGUCUCCUGACACACUAGAGGGCGCUGUCCCUACACCAGGGAGACAUCUACUACACCCAGCCUCGUCCUCUUCCUCCCUGUUUCUGCAGCCUAACGGCUGGCGUCACCCAGUCUCCAAUGCCCCUUCCUCCCUCCCUCCUCUCCCUCAUCUGGACAACAACAACAUCUCGGCGAUGGUGGUCGUCGGCCGUCCGAUUGGCUGGAGGGCUAGCGGCUACCGCACCGCAAUCCCGGGCCCCCCUGCUGGCCCCGCCCCUGAACAAGAUGAGGUAAUUUCCUGUCCGGGCUGCUGUCUGAUUGGUCUGAGCUUUCCAUCCGUGUGCCUGAAGGGGGUGCCGACCCCUCGCCGCGUUCCGCCCCGACGACCCUACCGGAACCUCAACGGGGAGGGCAUCAGUGACCCUUCAGCUGCCACGGCAACCAAGGGACUGCUUUGUUGCGGGGCGAAUGGUCUCGCUCCUCCGACCGCACCUUGCGUGCCUGGGCUACCCCUACCAGAGGCACAGACUUAGGAAGGGCUCCCCCUAGUGGGCUGACUGGCCAACAACAACAUUAACACCAGUGACAUGACUGAGACUUUGACUGGUUCUAUUUAUUGUCGCUAUUACUAUUUAUUAUUACUAUUAGGAACUGAUGAUGUUGAUGAUUACUACUACUACCUGGUGUGUGUGUGUGUGUGUGUGUGUGUGUGUGUGUGUGUGUGUGUGUGUGUGUGUGUGUGUGUGUGAUUGAGGAGGUGGUGGGGACACUGGUGGUUGUAUUGGGAGAAGCAGAAUAGGAAACCAGAAGUGGGUUAUUGAUGUGAGAUCUUAUAUAUUGGUUGUUGACCUGGCGCCAUUUGAUAAUGUCAGUGUGUCCCUGGUUUGUUCACUCACUUUCUACACUCUGAAUCUUUCUAUUUGAUUCCUACUAAUGAUUUUUCACUGGUCUGGGUGGUGCUUGAGAUUUGUAUUGAAUUCAAACAAGUGCUUCUUCUUCCCAUAACCCACUAUGAUCCAGGUAUCCUCUGUGUGUGUGUGUGUGUGAAUUUUUAACAGCUUGUGUAUUUUUGAAACAGCAGGAAAAGCAAUUAUCCUUAUUCUCCUAGCUUAUUUACAUAUUGUACUGAUUAUUUCACUCUAAGUUCUGUCUGUGUGUGUCAGAGGGAGAGAAAGUGUGUGUGUGUGUGACUGAAUGACUAAGUUUUGUCCCUUGAUGUCUGUUUUGAAAUGUUAGUGGUUUGCAGGUCAUUUCCCCGUACCCGUGUGUGAGAUUAGAGAACUGUGUAAUCAUUUAAUAUAAAGUUAGUGAGGUCAACAUAAUCUUUACUAUAAUGUUUUUUGACACUAUUGAUGAGAAUCACUCCACUCUUCAUUUCAUAGGGCUACUGGUUCUGUACCUGUUGAUGAAAUGGCACCCUAUUCCCUAUAUAGUGCACUACUUUUGACCAGGGCCCAUGGGGCUUUGGUCAAAAUAGGAUGCCAUUUUGUCUGUUGUCCCCAGAGCUUAAGGUGUGUUUGUCUCCCUCUGCUGGCCUGGAGGACCCGGGCAUACCAGGCCAUUGUGGCUCACAGGCUUUGUUUCUUCCUUUCGUCAUAACCCUUUCCUUCUACGAGAAGCUAUACAUGACCAGACCAGGGAAAAAUCCAGGCUUUAGUUAUAGACCUGGAGGUUUUCCUAGUCGGGUCACUUUGUCAGGAAAAAGUCCCAGCCAUAUAUCAUAUCAACUGAUAUGAGGGGACUGAAAAAGGUUUAUGGCUAUGCUAUUAACAUUUCUAACCAGUUCUAACCACUUAAUCUAGCUAGUGAUCUGUAGGAAAGGAGGAGGAGGAAACAUAAGCCAGUGUAUUGGGACGUAGCUAGUCACACUCAACUGUACUGGCCAGAGAGUCUCUUUGUUACUGCACGGUUUAAACAGCAUGAUUUACAGAGUCUGGACAACUGUGUGCAUCCAUCCAAAUAAUUCCACUGUUCUGUCCCAUAUUGAUGAUGUCAUAAUGACAAUGGUACAAACACCGACCCAUAUGUCCAUGGAACAACCGAGGGAGUGUAAUGCACUUUCUUUUUUAAAGCUGAGAAUCUUGUUGAUUUAACAUUAUUUAUGAAAUCAUGUAUGUAGCUAACUAGUAAACCCUUCUGCUGGCUGGGAUGUUGGUUGGUCUGUUGCUAGUUGGAAUAAUAAAUUAUUAUUAUGGAAAUAUGUGUCUGUUCCUUUCCGGGAACAACCCUUCCCCUUUAGACACUUGUAGAGAUCAGAGAGGGCUUGAUAGGAUGCAUCACUAUAGUCAUAGCUCCACCUUGUCCUCUGAUAGGUGGAAUUUCACCAUAUUGCUUAAGCCUGUCCAACCCUCUCAGAUCUCCACCAGUUCCUAUAGGAAGGGGUUGUUUCUGGACAGGGGCUCUGUUUCUACUAGAACCCAUCCUCUACAUGCAAGACACUGAUCAGACCCCUUGAUUUUUUCCCCCAUAUUUUAUUACGUUACAGCCUAAUUCUAAAAUGGAUACAUUUUUUGUUUUUCCGCAUCAAUUGACUGUACACACAACACUCCAUUAUGACAAAGCAAAAACAGGUUUUUUGACAUUUUUGCAAAUGUAUUAAAAAUAAACUGAUGUCACAUUUACAUAA